UCGAUAUGUGGCCCCUGUUUUGAUUAUAAACCUUAUAAUAGCAAAGUAAUAUUCUAAAGUGUAUAGGUUUUUCAUCAGUUAUAAUUAUGAUCUAAAUACUGUAGUGAUUAAGACGUAAAAUGGAGGAAUUACAGUGCAGCUGCUGUCUGUUGCGCCCCCCGGAAAAGGGUCUCAAGACCCUGUAUAAACAUCUCGGCAGGACGGAGAUAUAUUACGAUAUGCUGAGGGAUUGCUUCGACAUUAAUCUAAGUUUAGGCAAUGAUGAGUGUGGCAUCUGCGAGGUGUGCGUGGGGCGGCUGCGGGACGCGAGCGACUUCAAGCUGCAGGUGCAGCGCAGUCAGAAAGAGCUGCGCGCACGCCUUAAAGGAGUCCUCACUGCCAGUGACAAGCUGAAAAUCAAGCUGGAGAGAGCUUCUAAAGAGAUAUCCUUUUUGCCGGACGAUAUCAAACUUGAGAAAUCCGAAGUGGAAAUGGCGGAUGGCGAGGUCGUAUCAGUGGCAAUAUACGGCGGGCCGCCGGCGCCCGCAGCGCAGCCCGUGCCCACCGCCUCCCGCGUCUCGUUCCGGCCGGCGCCCUCCGUCACCAACCUCGACGACUCAGACCCCGGUGGAGGGGACACCCCCCACCGCACCGUCCACACCUGCGACAUCUGCCACAAGUCCUUCGACCACCAAGCGAGACUCAAAGUCCACCGCCGCUCGCACACAGGAGAAAAACCCUACUCCUGCAAAGUAUGCAACAAGAAAUUCGCCCAAAAGAGCAACUUGAACGCUCAUUUCGCGUACCACAUGGGAGACUACAAGUUCUCCUGCGACUUGUGCGACACCAGAUUCACACAGAAAUCCCACUGGGUGAAACAUAUGCUUAUACAUACUGGUGAGAAACCGUACGCUUGUGAUAUAUGUAACAAAAAAUUUAGACAAAAAGGAAACUUAAAUGUUCACAAAAAGAUUCAUUUGAAAAAUGACGUGGAGCCCGGAGAAAUAACUGCGUGCAAGAGAGAGUCUGAUGAAUUUAAAGAUCGAAUACCCACUGAAUUUUUCACAUGCGAUAUAUGUAAAAAACAAUUUGCAGAAAAAAGCAACUUGAACGCACAUUUGAAAAAUCACUCUGGAGAUUAUCCUUUCACUUGUGAAAUCUGCGAAAGAAGGUUUAAUACACAAUCUGCCUUAGAUGUUCAUAAAUUUGAUCACACGGGAGGCAAACCUUUUUCAUGCGAUGAAUGUAAUAAACAGUAUACAACGAAAAGUGCUUUAAGACUUCACUCCAGAAUUCAUACUGGGGAUUAUAGGUACGCGUGCGAUGUAUGUAGCAAAAGAUUUAUUCAAAAAGAGGUGUUAAGGCAACACAUGCGCGUGCACACAGGUGAGAAGCCUUACACCUGUGAGAUAUGCCAAAGAAAGUUUCCAUACAGAUGUGGCUUGAAGAGUCAUCUGUUAGUUAUACAUAACCAAGUCAUGAACAACCCCACUAAACCUAUUCCGACCUAUAUAUGUGAGCACUGCAACAAGCAGUUCUCAAAUAAACCCGCAUUAAAAAGACAUGUACUAACACACACUGUGGGGAAACAAUUUUGUUGCGACGUUUGUGGCAAACGAUUCGCCAUAAAGAGAACUUUAGUGAGACACAUGGAGAAGCACGCCCAGAAAGACGGAGAGAAGGAACCGGAAGACCCAAAACCAUAUAUGUGUGAAAUAUGUAGCAAACGGUUUUCACUAAAAAGCACAUUAAGAAACCAUAGAGAAAUACAUAACGAGGAAAGACCGUUUGAGUGCGAAGUGUGUCACAAGAAAUUCAGGAUGAAGAAGUGUUUGCAAGACCACAUGAAGGUACAUGAGGACUUUAAGCAGCAUUCUUGUGAAGUGUGCGGGCAGCAAUUUAGGCAUAAGUCGGCUUUGACAGUUCAUAUUCGACGGAUGCACUCAGAAAAUAGGCCACAUAUCUGCGAUGUUUGUAAAAAGCUUAUCCAGUUCUUGCUGAGUUGAAAGCUCAUUAUCGGGUACACACCGGUGAAAGACCAUAUGCUUGCGAAGUAUGUUACAAAAAGUUUCCAAGACACGAUGGGGUCCGAAGACAUCUUAUACGAGUUCACCAUGAGAAACCUUCCAAAUAUAUUAAACUAAAAGAAUUUAAUAAUCCUAACUGAAUUCAAAGAGCAAUGACCUGUUUGUUGACCUUGUCAAAUAUAAAGGAAGGAAGGAUUUCGGACAUGCCUAGCGAUUUGUAUUGAAUACGCCUGUCGCUUUCUUGAACCCACACACACUUGUAGGUGGACUCUUUUGCUCAAUACUCAUGCGCAUUAUUUCCAUGCCUGGUUACAUGCGAACGACCAGCGACUCGUGGCAUCAGGCACGCACACAACAACUGUAUGCUCAGUGAGCUAACAACUGCGACUCGUCCGCCGCCGAUGUGUCCACUGUAGCAGGGUUCGAAAGGAUUAUCAACCCGGCAACCUUCAAAUCAAGAGUGAACAGGCA